AUGGCUGCUGCUUUGCUUAUUCUUCUCUUUCUUUCCAUCAAAACCCUCUCUCUAGCCAGCGUAAACAUAGACUGUGGAACGUCAUUGCCAGGGGUAGACAAUAACAACCUAAAAUGGGUUGGAGACAACGACCUCAUCACAUCCGGAGAGGUCGCCACCAUUUCAUCCACCACCAUCGAAAAAUCCCUCACCACGCUUCGAUACUUUCCGAGUGGCGACACCAAUUGCUACUCCACUAUUCCGGUUACAAAAGGCGGAAAAGUUCUAGUGAGAACGAUGUUUUACUACGGGAACUACGACGGGAAGUUCUCAACCCCAACCUUCAGCGUAGUGUUUGAAGGGAAAUACCGAGGCACCGUAUCGAUAUCCUCGGCAUUUGAACCGUAUAUUUUGGAGCUUAUAUAUGCUCCGGUGGGCGGAGAGACUAGCGUUUGCUUUGUGCGUACGUCUUCCUCAUCGAACCCUUUUGUAUCAUCCAUUGAAGUUGUGGACUUGGCUACUGGCAUGUAUGAUGAGCUUGGUCCUGGUGAAGGUAGGUUUUGGCUUCCUUCGGAGAUAAACAUAUUGGUCACAGGAAUACCAUCCACGGCUGUAACGAUCGAUACAACUGGUGCAUCAAACAAGCCGCCUGAGUCCGUCCUCCGUAACUCUUGGACCGGGGAAGGCUUAGCAUUAGCCGAUCCCACUCUUCCUUCAGAAGGAGUUCCGGUUUACUUGGCUAUGUAUUUCUCGGAGCCUCUUCAAUCGAGUUUACGAUCGUUCAACAUUUUCUUUGGCGGUAAGCAAGUUGGAAAGGGUCCAAUUGUGCCUGUGUUUGGAAAAACUACACAAGUGGUCGUGAGAGAUGUGGUGGCUAGCUCAAGCACCUUGCUGGUGUUCCAUUCAACGGUUAGUGCUCUUUUACCGCCAAUGAUAAAUGCAGCCGAGCUUUAUGUUAUAAGUAAAGGUACAAGCCAAGGCGGAAGUGGAUCAGGUGGAAGCGCAGGAGGAGGAGGAGGAUCUGGCUCCGGUGGAACUAGCAAAGGAGGAGCUGGAGGGAGCAAUGGAGUGAGCUCAGGGUCAGGUGGAUCAUUAACUAAUGACGACAAGAGCAGUAAACUGCCAAUUAUUAUCGGGGUGGUAUCUGCGGUAGCGUUUGUUUUUGUUGCGUAUGUGUUCAUCGCUAUAAUCUUAGCGAAUCGUCGCAAAGCAAGGCUGCAAGCCUUGGCUAUGCAUAUGCCUACGUCCACAGUGCCUAAUAUGGAGACGGGAGUGUCAACUCUGUCCGGACAACAGAUGGGCAACAACUCAAACCAGCUUACAAAUGAAGCGGACAUGGGAGAGAUCGACGACCUGAUUGGAGUGAACCAGUCUUAUGUAGUGCAACCCCAUUGAA